ACUCUGCCUCUUUAAACUUGUGGCCAAGGUGUGAGCUUUGAGCUUUGGGAGAGACAGAGAGAGAGCCUUUUGAGUUUGAGGAGCCAACAAAGUUGACAAACCCCAAGAACGUAUUUAUGAUAUCUGUUUCUUAUCAAAUUUCCCAUAUCAAAUUUCUAUUAUAUAGUUUGUUUGUUUGUUUGAUUGUUUAUAUUAUUAUUCUUUGUCUUCUCGAAUCUCCCCAACAAACGCCUACCCAACCAAACAUAACCCACUUUUAUCUCUCUCUAAUCCUUUUUCCUGUUCCUAGUCCUUCCCCUCAUUAUUGACUUUGUGACUGGCCUCAACCAGAGUGUGAGUUUGAUAUCAGCGUUUCUUUGAUAAAUCCCAAAUCACCAACACAAGUAGAUUUUGGUGAAUUGCUGCUUUAGUUUGUUGUAUAUGGCUUUUUGAUUAGAUGUGAGGUUAGCAUGUGUGCUAUCUUAUAUGUGUUAGUUGGGUAGAAAUAUGAGAGUAGUCGAAGGGGCUAAUCAUGCGAACACUUUGUGACUCUUGUGAAAGCGCAGCUGCAAUUGUAUUUUGCGCUGCGGACGAGGCUGCUCUUUGCCCUGCCUGUGAUGAGAAGGUCCACAUGUGCAAUAAGCUUGCUAGCCGACAUGUACGGGUUGGUCUUGCAACUCCCAGUGAAGUUCCCCGGUGUGAUAUCUGUGAAAAUGCACCUGCUUUCUUUUAUUGCGAGAUAGAUGGAAGUUCCCUUUGUUUGCAAUGUGAUAUGGUUGUUCAUGUUGGAGGCAAAAGAACACAUGGAAGAUAUCUUGUACUUAGGCAGAGAGUUGAGUUUCCAGGAGAUAAACCUGGUAAUGUUGAUGACCCGGCUUCCCAACCCAUUGAUCCGGGUGAGACCAGAAGAGUACAACAUCAGCCACCUAGAAUGACAAUAGGAGAGAACCAGCAAAAACACAGAGCGUCUCCUAUUCGUAUAUCAGAUGCCAAUGCUGAUGGGCAUGUAAAGAUGGAUACUAAAUUGAUUGAUUUGAACAUGAAGCCUCAUCGGAUGCAUGAACAAGCUUCAAAUAAAGAGGACUAAUGCAACAUAUCCGGAAGCAUCGGCUCCUGCAGAUUACUUCACCAGUUGCCUGAAGGGUGUUUCAUCAUAUGCUUCGGUUAUCUGCUGCUUCAAGUGGAGCUUUUAAGUAGGCAUAUGAUCAUUAAGGUUUGAAGAGUGUUCCCCAUUAUGUAGUUUAGUUGUGCAGGAUAUAUAGUUGGAAAGCAUCCAUAACUUGCUUCAAAAGCAAAAUAUCAUUAUUUUGUUUUGUUUGUUUUGGAAUUUUUGCAAGUACUCGUACAAAAAUGAAAACUCUCUUGUAAUGGCACUAAAAAAUUUGAGAAUUUUAUUUUUUUCAUAAAGUACAUGCUGAAUUCUUAGGAACUC